AGCUUUCCUUCCUCUGCCAUUUUGUUUUAUCAUUUUGCAGUCGUGUUAUUGACGUUAUCGUUCUGUGUUUUCGCUAUUAACGUGAUUUCUGAUUUUAUUGCUGUUUGUGGUUGUUGCAGUUAAAUAAGUAGAAGAUGGCCAACCGAAGACCUCAGGGCGGUCGCCGCAUGGACUACGGUCACAAUGAUCGCGGGAAGAACUUCGGGCGUUCCGGAGUAUCGCCCUGGCAGGGCGGCGGGCCGAGCGGGUCCUUACCUAACCUUUUACCCCUUUCCGGUGUCCCUACCGAAGCCACGCUGGCGUUAGCCAGCAAUAUCAUCAACUUGCUGCAACCGAGGCAGAACCCGGUCCCGUCUCUCCUAGACAUGCCAAUCAGACGGGACUUCGGACCGGACAUGGGCCGUUAUGACAGAGGUUAUGGUGGACCUAAUCGGAUGGGCAAUCAGGGUAAUUUCCGGCGUACGGGGAAUUACAACAGUCGCACGGGUGAGCGUAUCAACAUGAAUCGUAAGCCGUUCAGGCCCAAUGAUGGGCGCCACCACCACAAGAACUCCCCGAAAAAGGAAGCCGAUUCCAAGGCUAAACCUGUCAAGGAGAGUGAAGAGAAAGACAAGGACUCGAAAGAUGAAGACUCCAAGAAGGAGACCCCGAAGACUCGCUACGAUGACAUUGACGCCCAGUUGCUGCGGUGCCACAUCUGCCACAAGAGCAUGUGGGACGGCAGGAGCUUCGAGAACCAUCUGAGCGGCCGGGCCCAUGCGAUUAUGAUGCAGAAGACUGCGGAGAGUUAUGCGCUCACUGCUGAUACUAUGAGGCAGGAGUAUAAGAUCCGCGAGAUGAAACGCACUCGCAAAUCCGGCCAGCAACCGGCCAGAGAUUUCUACUGCGCCAUGUGCGACAUGUAUGCCGCGGACGGCGCCGUUCACCGCACCACUGUCGGCCACCGCAAGCUCAAGAAAUACCUGCACCCGACAUGCACGUGCUGCCACAAGGAGAUGCCGACUCGCAUCGAGUUGGACGAGCACCGUCUCAGCGCGGAGCACCUCCGCAACAUCCAUGACAAGAAUGAACUGGUCACCAAGCCCAAGCCGGAGGUGAUGGUGAUCUCGACGCUCACUAUGGAGCAGUCGUACCUGCGCGAGGACCGCGAGCGCCGCAAGCCGCAGGACGACAAGGACAAGACCGCCGAAAAGGAAGGCAACGAGGGCGGGGACGCCGAGGUGAAGACAGAGCCGGCAGAAGGCGAGGAGGCGAAGCCUGAGAAGGAAAGCUUGGACAACGACAACACCAUCCUGGACUACAAGGAGGGUGAUGACCUAUCCAACAUUACGCCUGACAUGCUACCCGCCUACAGCACCGAGCGCGGAGUAGGCGCCUCCUUCCUGCAGCCCUUCCACUGCGUGCAGUGCAAGCUGUGCCGUAAGCUCCUGGACGGUGACGAGACCGCCGAAGUUCACCUGAGGACCUGGAGACAUCAUCAGCUGUUCACGCGUCUGCUGACACAGCAGCAGGAGGCCAAACAGCAAGCAGCCGAAGUAGAAGCCGAGAAGGCCGAGCAAGAAUCCAGCAAGCGCACCGCCAAGGCCGAAGAGAGCGGCAACUGGAAGCGACGCCGCACCUCCGAGAACGGGCACGAGGCCAACGGACUCGGAGACGACGACGUCUGUAUGAAGGGUGAGUCUAGAGUCCAACAAGCGACGCCGAGGCCGAAGAGAGCGGUAACUGGAAGCGACGUCGCACCUCGGAGAACGGGCACGAGGCCAACGGACUCGGAGACGACGACGUCUGUAUGAAGGGUGAGUCUAGAGUCCAACAAGCGAUGCCGAGGCCGAAGAGAGCGGCAACUGAAAGCGACGCCGCACCUCGGAGAACGGGCACGAGGCCAACGGACUCGGAGACGACGACGUCUGUAUGAAGGACGAGGUGGACGGGGAAGUGGAAGGCGGGGCGGAGCUGCCGCCGGACGAUGCUCUGGAGGACUGGGAGCAGAGCGUCGAUGAGAUCCUGCAGGACGAGCGGG